AAGGAGAGACAGCCGCGGCAGGAGGAUGUGGCCGCCAUGUUAGUGCAGGCUCCGCUGUUGCCCUCGCCGUCGCCGCGCACUAGGAAGGAGGCGGAGACGCCGGAACAGCUCCGACUGCUGGAGGAGCCACUGGGGCUCGCUAGGCGCGGCGGCACGGGUUGCUGUUGCGGCGGGCGGCUCCCCGCGCUGCUGCGGCGGAGGGUGGCGCUGAUGCGGUUGGUCGACGGCGCCUCGGGGCCGGCCUAAGAGGCGGCUGCAGAGGAGGCAGUGGGACCCCGGUGGGGUGGCGGGGCGGCGGCCAGCCGCCGUGGGAAGCGCAGGAUGUGGCUGAGGGCGGUUCCUGCCGUGCUGGUGUUGCUUCUGGCGAGCCCCGCUUUCUUUGAAGGGAAAGGGCUCCCUAGAGGCUGAGGCGCACCCUUCCUCUCCCCCCCGGCUACCCGUUGAAUCCUCCUCCUCCCUUCUCAGCCUGACCGGACUCGGUAUCCUCACCGCAGGAGGGAGGAGGAGGAGGAGGAGGACGAGAAAGAGAAGCGAGUCCUUCCCCCGCACAUUGCUGCUGCCACCGCUGCCGGGCCUCCACCUCCUUUCCCUUUGGUACUGCUGCUGGAAGAUGGCGUGGGUGCUGAAGAUGGACGAGGUGAUCGACUCGGGGCUGGCGCACGACUUCGACGCCAGUCUUUCCGGCAUCGGGCAAGAGUUGGGCGCCGGCGCCUAUAGCAUGAGUGAUGUUUUGGCACUGCCCAUUUUCAAGCAAGAAGAUUCUAGCCUUCCACCUGACAAUGACACAAAACAUCCACCUUUUCAGUAUGUUAUGUGUGCUGCAACAUCUCCAGCAAUCAAACUGCAUGAUGAAACCCUUACUUACUUAAAUCAAGGUCAGUCGUACGAAAUCCGGCUGUUAGAUAAUCGAAAAAUGGGAGAUAUGCCAGAGUUAAGUGGGAAACUGGUAAAGAGUAUCAUAAGAGUUGUGUUCCAUGACAGAAGACUGCAGUACACUGAACAUCAGCAGCUAGAAGGUUGGAAGUGGAAUCGCCCUGGAGACAGAUUACUUGAUUUAGAUAUUCCUAUGUCUGUUGGAGUAAUUGACUUAAAGACAAAUCCAAGCCAGCUCAAUGCAGUUGAAUUUCUGUGGGAUCCUGGAAAAUGCACAUCUGCCUUUAUUCAGGUACAUUGUAUCAGCACUGAAUUUACACCUCGUAAACAUGGAGGUGAAAAAGGAGUUCCUUUUAGAAUUCAGGUUGAUACUUUUAAACAGGCAGAAAAUGGAGAAUACACUGAUCAUCUGCAUUCAGCCAGCUGCCAAAUAAAAGUUUUUAAGCCAAAAGGAGCAGACAGAAAACAGAAGACAGACAGAGAAAAGAUGGAAAAACGAACUGCUCACGAAAAAGAAAAGUAUCAGCCUUCAUAUGACACUACAAUUCUCACCGAGAUGAGGCUUGAGCCUAUAAUUGAAGAUGCAGUUGAACAUGAGCAGAAAAAGUCCAGCAAGCGGACUUUGCCAGCAGACUACGGUGAUUCUCUGGCAAAGCGAGGCAGUUGUUCUCCAUGGCCCGAUACACCUACUGCAUUUGUGAACAGUAGCCCUACUCCAACUCCAGCUUUUACCUCUACUCCACAUAAUACUUACAGUGUCCCAGACAGUAAUUCAUCAUCUCCGAAUCACCAAGGAGAUGGAGUUUCCCAAGCGUCUGGAGAGCAACUUCAUUCGUCAGCCACUAUCCAAGAAACUCAACAAUGGUUGCUUAAACAUAGGUUUUCCACUUAUACAAGGUUGUUUUCAAAUUUCUCAGGUGCAGACUUAUUGAAGCUGACAAGAGAAGAUCUGGUACAAAUCUGUGGUCCAGCUGAUGGAAUUCGGCUUUACAAUGCACUUAAAUCAAGGUCUGUAAGGCCACGUCUAACAAUCUAUGUAUGCCAGGAGCAGUCAAGAAGUGUACAGCUGGAAAGGCAGCAAGGCUCAGGCAGUGGAGAAAGCAGGAACGGUGCAAUAUUUGUUUAUCAUGCAAUCUACUUGGAAGAAAUGGCUGCCUCAGAAGUCACUCGCAAGCUUGCUUCGGUGUUCAAUAUUCCUUUGCAUCAGAUUAACCAGGUUUACAGACAAGGUCCUACUGGCAUCCAUAUCCUUGUCAGCGAUCAGAUGGUUCAGAACUUUGAAGAUGAGAGCUGCUUCUUAGUUACCACAAUAAAAGGUAUGCUAAUAAUGAUGACAGACAAAACCCACAAAUGUUUUAAAAUUUUGCAAAAUAGCAGUAUUUGCAUUUUUCAAAGGAAGAUGUUUCCAGUUCUUAAAUCAUACUGCAUUGCCUCAUCUUUCGAUUUUCACUGACUUCAGUGAGUUUACCUAUAAAGUUAAACCAUAGACCUGGUUUGUAUGAUCAUCAUAGGUUAAACAAGCUAUGAUGGCUUGUUUCAGCCAGUUUGCUUCCCCCUAGCCAUGGCUUGUGUUAUCUGAACCCAGGCAGGAUGGGCUUAUUUUAGGUGAAAGGAACCCUCAACCCAUCAACAGGCCAUGGAUUUUUCCUUCUAACAAGCCAUGUUGCUCAGGUUUGGAUUGUACAAGCUGUGGCCUGGCAGGUAUUUUGUAAAGUGUGACUUAACCACUGAGGCUUGUUUCGCUUUUGGUAUUCAUGUGAAUUGGCUUAUAGUUUGAAUGAUCAACCACAGUUUAGUUUAUCUAAGAUGGAAGCAAAGCUUCAGUCUUCCUGGCUGAUGUGGGAAGCAUGUGAACCUAAGGUUCAGGGAAGCUUGACUUCAUAAGGUUUUAAUAUGGCAGACAAACCAGCUAAAACUGUGUGUGUAGUACAAUUCCUAUCCAGAGAUAAUUGACCUGAGCCAAAUAAUUUUCAUAACAUGCAAGAAGGGUUUUAUAAAGAUUCCCUUUCAGUGUUCCUCUGAAACUUCAAAAGUGCAUUUAAAAAUCUCUGCAUUUCAAAAUACACUGAAAGGAAAACUUGGCAGUGUGAACAUUCUUGUUCUUCAGAAGAUGACGACAUCUGAAAUGAGUUUCUUCCACUAGUUUCUUGGGGCAAGCAACAGAGGCUUGUUGGCCUUGUUUGGGAAGUCAUGGAAUGUAUUGCAGCCAACAAAGAAGCUAGAGCACAUGCCGUAAAUAUUGAAAUCAUGUACAAAACAUAAUGGCUUGUGGAGUGAGGUGGUUAAGGAGGAAUAGUUGAGGGAAUGCUAAAAAGAAAACAGGAGAAAGAUGAGAAAGAUGGAAGAUCGUCCCUGAGUUCUUAAUAAUAUAACUGUGAAAAAUAGUCUUCUGUUAACACAGCUAUUAUGGGCACAUAAAGGUCUGCCUAAGUCUGUGGAUGACUGUUGCCUUAUUGAAGUGUUGCCAAAAUAGCCUUGAAAAAAAUACAGAUAUUUAGAAAAUUGGCAAUUUUAUCAUGGUUACAUCUCUUGUGAUUCCUGCUGGAUCAGACCUAAGCAUUGGGGUCACACUGUAGCCAACCACUUUCCUGUGGGCAGCUUGCAAGCAGGGCUCAAGCACAAAGGAAAAUAGGAAGCUGCCUUAUGUUGAGUUGGGUUGUUGGUCCAUCUAGCCCAGUCCUCGCAAUGCUGACUGGGAGUGUUGGGCCAGAGUUUCAGGUAGGAGUUCUUUUAGCUAUCCCUGGAGAACUAGAAAUUGAACUUGAGCUGUGUCCCCUUUGCAAUAACCUAGUGCCAGUGGAAUAGCAAUACUGAUAUUCAGAAGCAUAUUGCUCCAACUGGAAGUAGAGAUUAUGAGUGGUAGACAUUGAUACUCUUAUCCUCCAUAAAUUUCUCUAAAUUUACCCUCUGUAAAGCUGUCUAGUUUGGUUGAAAUGGCUGUUGGAUUAUGGCUGCUCCUGGGACAUUUAUAAUGCUAUACUACUUGAUUUAGCAUAUGAACUGGAACAAGAGCAGUAGGGCCUGGGUUGAGCCUAAGGUAAAUCACUGGUGUUCUCAUUUCUUUUCGUACUUUUCCGGUGGAGGAGAAUCUUUUUCCUAUAUUCCACUGAGUCUGUGACCUGCCUAUUCUGGCAACCCAGUGGAAAUGCUCUUUCUUAUGGCUCACAACAGGAUCUCCAGGUGCACAAUUUAUUUUGUGGUAUAUUUGCUUACUAUUUUAGUCCCUUUUUUCUGGUCAUG